UAGAAUUGUGCCGUCUCCGAAGAUUAAAAUCCAUUCGGUAAAUUACGCUCUGUCGAGAUGUCAAAGAUCAGGUUUUCUCUGUUUCUCCCUCCUCAUUCCUUUUCUCGCUUUAAAGUAUCGUAAAAAUCGUGGAACGGAACAAAGCAGCUGAAAUCUGUAUAGGUGAAAUAAAAUCAUGAGUUACUGCGCCCAAAAUUAACGCCAUGUUAAUUGUAAAUUUCUAUAUUUAUUCUUAAUAUUUGACAUAUCAAACGUAAUAUGAGGGGGCCCAGUGUUUGAAAAUAAUUUGUCAUUAAAAGCAAAGUCAGUGAACAGAAUAUGUGUGAAAGCAAGAGUUAUGUGUAUGAAUGCCUGCACAUAUUUGAAGUAUAAUUCACCCUGUGCCUUACAUUUUGCUUUAAAUGAACGACGAAUUCAUUUGUAAUCAUCGGGAAAAUAAAUUACAACCAAUUGCCUCGCUGCUUAUGCGUCUUAAUGCAACGAGCUAAUAAAUAGUUCGAUUUGAAAGUUUUAAUUAAAAAGUAUUUAAUUGAGUAGUGUAGUUUUUGGGUUAGGUUCAGGCGAAUAGAAUGUAUUGAAAUUUGCUGGUAAUUUUAAUUUAUAAUAUUACCAUAAAGCAAUGGUGGAAGUUGGAAUUAGAUAAUAUUUAUACAAAUAAUGCACUCGGAAACAAAUACUCCAGUUAAAGAAAUGCCGAACUUGGAUGUAUCGUUGACACUGAAGCAACAAUCCUCGUUUCUCGAGGAAGAUCUUGCUCUCAGUUCUUCCACACAUGACUCCAUUACUGAAAAGAUAAUAAUGGAAGUGGAGGAGAAGACUCGCGAUGAAACAAUGCACCAGAGUAUAACGGUCUCUGAAUCAGAACAACCGCAAGCACCAGUGAUCUAUGUAAGCGAAGAUGCGAUGGACUGCAACUAUGACGAAUCGUCGAAUAUAUCAAAGCACUUUGAACUCCAAGACGCUCCGAGUCCUGAACUCUUUGACAGCGACGCUGAUGAUGAAGCUGAGAGUACAAACACGACUAUCAAUUUUCAAAACGUUCUCGACGAGCCGCGAGUCUCACUACCAAGCCCAAAGAAACUCACCACUGCCGAGCAGAUACUAAAGGCGGACAAAUACUUGUUAAAGAGAGUAAACAAGUUUUUAAGUGGUGUACCUCCGCCACCAAAUCAUACAAUAUCGCAGAAAGAUUGCGACGAUUUUCUUGUAUAUAUUAAACAAAAUCGACAGUACUUUUGGGCCGAUCCCUUUAAACUGGAAAGCAAGCAUCUGUCGACAGAAUCCAAAACAAUUUCAAUUUCUUCGAUACAGAAAGUCAACGAAGAGAAUGAUAGGAAUGAAGAUACUAAUUCAUGCUGUACAAAGGUCUAUCAACAAGCAAAAGCUGGCCUACGGAAUCUUAGUACAGCUUUUGACGCAUGUGAACAGCCCAAUUAUUUAAAAUUUGAUCAUAAUGAUUCAUUGGCGUCUGGUACGGAAUUUUCCGAAACAACGAACUCCUUCACAUUGUCCGAGACACUUUUUAAUAAUUGCUCUAUUUUAUCAACAUCCACCUUUACAUCGUUUAACGAGGAUAGCAAAAUACACGACAAUGAUACGGAAGCACCGCCGACAUUGUUCACAUCCAUUAAAGUCGAAGAUGUUACUGUAUUACCUUGGCCCGAUGCAUAUAAACACAAGUGUCAUGAAAUAUACUACAAUAGGAACAAAGUUAUAGAAGAUUUUGAGAAUCUUAGGUUGAAAUUAUGCGAUAGGUAUAUUGGAGCAGAAACGCAAUCGACAUGCAACAUUUGGUUUGCUAAACAAAUGCCAGGAAGUACAAGAAAACGAAAUCUUUUAGCAAAACGUAACAAUGGUCAAAGUCCUGGUAAAAGGCUCAGUUAUUUGGCUAGAAGACGAAGAACAUUUUCCAGUGCUAAUUUGCAAGGUCUUGGCCUUGCAGAAAAGAAACAUCUCAUUCUAAACGUGAGAAAAGGGUUUAUACGUAAGGGUAAAAGUCCACGGGGUAAAAGUCCACGAACCAAGACUCCACGUAGCUCGGCAAAGAAACGUCACCUUCGAAGACUCGUACUUGAAGGUCCGUCGCCGAGGAAAACCAAAAUCGAAACUUCGAAGCGAGCUCUUUUCCAAAGUCCACCAUUGGAUAAGCCCUGCUCCAGCCAAACAGUCGCCACGACGAACGUCAAUAACAAUAAUCCCCAAAAAAUAAAGAGAGCACUGUUUCCAACACCAAAGAAAAACGAAGCCGGUGACAUUUCUCAAACUCAAUCAUUGAGCUUUCCGGAAUCAAGAAAGCGAAAAAAUGACGAUGAAUUGGAAAAUCCAAGACAAAAGUGGGCAAAGAGUUUGUCAUUCGACUGUGCCCGAAAUCUCGAUAAUAGUUCGUCAAAUACUUGGAAUCCUGCAAGGCAUUCGACGAGCGGCGUCUUAUCAAAGGAUGGCACAUUAUAUUAUGGAAAAUGCGAACUUAGCGAAACGCAUAGAAAGAAAUUACUUUGGGCCGUUGCCGAAGCACUGCGGAGUAAAGGCAUUGGAAUGAAUCAUUCACUGUUCAAGCAAUAUGCGACCAGUUUAGCACGUACUGUGAGAAAAUUCAUGCCCGAUCUGGAAAAUAAAAAUCUUCCACGAAAGCCUGGUAGUACGAGCGAUCGUAUGCUGAAGCUCGCCAAACGCCAUGUUCUUCUCAUUGUUGAGACCAAGACUGAUCUUUAGUGUUUUCUUUCUUCCUUUUCUUUUGUUUUUUUUUUUUGUUUUUUUUUUGUUUUUGUUUUUUUUUUCUCCAUGUGAUUCUAAAAAUUAGUGACCGACCGACCUAUUCAUAAAAGGUGUUUAUUAGUGAUAAAUUAAAAAUACCUGUGAAUUCAUUAGUUUUAAUGUUAAAAAAAUCUAUCUGGUGAU